ACCCAGGCCUCAGGCAUGCUAGAAAUGACAGCAGAUGUCCCUGGACCUGGAAUUCAAGGUGGAGGAGCCAUUGUACAGAGGGCUAUUAAGCGGCGACCAGGGCUGGAUUUUGAUGAUGAUGGAGAAGGGAACAGUAAAUUUUUGAGGUGUGAUGACGAGCAGAUGUGUAAUGAUAAAGAGCGGUUUGCCAGGUCGGAUGAUGAGCAGAGCUCUGCGGAUAAAGAGAGACUUGCCAGGGAAAAUCAUAGUGAAAUUGAACGACGGCGACGCAACAAGAUGACAGCUUACAUCACAGAAUUGUCAGACAUGGUACCUACUUGCAGUGCCCUGGCUCGAAAACCAGACAAGCUAACCAUCUUACGAAUGGCAGUUUCUCACAUGAAGUCCUUGAGGGGAACUGGCAACACAUCCACUGAUGGCUCCUAUAAGCCAUCUUUCCUCACUGAUCAGGAACUGAAACAUUUGAUCUUGGAGGCAGCAGAUGGUUUUCUUUUUAUUGUCUCAUGUGAGACUGGCCGGGUGGUGUAUGUCUCUGAUUCAGUGACUCCUGUUUUGAACCAACCACAGUCUGAAUGGUUUGGAAGUACGCUCUAUGAUCAAGUGCAUCCAGAUGAUGUGGAUAAACUUCGUGAGCAGCUUUCCACUUCAGAAAAUGCUCUUACAGGGCGGAUCCUGGAUCUUAAAACUGGAACAGUGAAAAAGGAAGGUCAACAGUCUUCCAUGAGGAUGUGUAUGGGCUCAAGAAGAUCAUUUAUUUGCCGAAUGAGGUGUGGCAAUAGCUCUGUGGACCCAGUUUCCAUGAAUAGACUGAGCUUUUUGAGGAAUAGAUGCAGGAAUGGACUUGGCUCUGUGAAAGAAGGAGGACCUCACUUUGUGGUAGUCCACUGCACAGGCUACAUCAAGGCCUGGCCUCCAGCAGGUGUUUCCCUCCCAGAUGAUGACCCUGAGGCUGGCCAGGGGAGCAAGUUUUGCCUAGUGGCCAUUGGCAGAUUGCAGGUAACUAGUUCUCCCAGCUGUACAGACAUGAGUAACAUUUGCCAACCAACAGAAUUCAUCUCCCGACACAACAUUGAGGGAAUAUUCACUUUCGUGGAUCAUCGUUGUGUGGCUACUGUUGGCUAUCAGCCACAGGAACUCUUAGGAAAGAAUAUUGUAGAAUUCUGUCAUCCUGAAGACCAACAGCUUCUACGAGACAGCUUCCAACAGGUGGUGAAGUUAAAGGGCCAGGUGCUGUCUGUCAUGUUCCGAUUUCGAUCUAAGAACCGAGAAUGGCUCUGGAUGAGAACAAGCUCCUUUACUUUCCAGAACCCCUAUUCAGAUGAAAUUGAGUAUAUCAUCUGUACCAACACCAAUGUGAAGAACUCUAGCCAGGAACCACGACCUACACUGUCCAACACAAUCCAGAGGUCACAGCUAGGUCCCACAACUAAUUUAUCCCUAGAGAUGGGCACAGGGCACUUGGCACCCAGACAACAGCAACAGCAAACAGAAUUGGACAUGGUACCAGGAAGAGAUGGGUUGGCCAGCUACAACCAUUCCCAGGUCUCUGUUCAGUCUGUGACAACUACAGGGCCAGAACACAGCAAACCCCUUGAGAAGCCAGAUGGUCUGUUUGCCCAGGAUAGAGAUCCAAGAUUUUCAGAAAUCUAUUCCAACAUCAAUGCAGAUCAGAGUAAAGGCAUCUCCUCCAGCACUGUCCCUGCCACCCAACAGCUAUUCUCCCAGGGAAACUCAUUCCCUCCUACCCCCCGGCCGGCAGAAAAUUUCAGGAAUAGUGGUCUGACCCCUCCUGUAACCAUUGUCCAGCUGUCAUCUUCUGCAGGGCAGAUGUUGGCCCAGAUUUCCCGCCACUCCAACUCUACCCAGGGAGCAGCUCCAACUUGGACACCUAGUACCCGCCCAAGCUUCUCUGCCCAGCCGGUGACUACCCAGGCUGCAGCCAAGACUCGUUCUUCCCAGUUUGGUGUGGGCAACUUUCAGACUUCAUCUUCCUUCAAUGCUAUGUCUCUCCCUGGUGCUCCCACUGCAUCACCUGGUGCUGCUGCCUACCCUAAUCUUGCUAAUCGUGCAUCUAACUUUGCUCCUGAGACUGGACAAACCGCAGGACAAUUCCAGACCCGGACCGCAGAGGGUGUGGGUGUCUGGCCACAGUGGCAGGGUCAGCAACCCCAUCAUCGGUCCAGUUCUAGUGAGCAACAUGUUCAGCAAACAUCAGCACAACCACCUAGUCAGCCUGAGGUCUUCCAGGAAAUGUUGUCCAUGCUGGGAGACCAGAGUAACAGCUACAACAAUGAAGAAUUUCCUGAUCUAACUAUGUUCCCCCCCUUUUCAGAAUAGAACUUUUGGGGUGAGGAUAAGGGGUGGGGGAGAAAAAUCACUGUUUGUUUCUUAAAUGCAAAUCUUUUGUAAACAGAAUAAAAGUUCCUCUCCCUUCCCUUCCCUCACCCCUGAUGUGUACCCUCUUUCCCUUCUGAACUCCCCAUUUCUCCACCCUUUGCCUCUCUGAAGUAACAUUUAUAGAAGAAAUUAAAUGGAUUUCCCCGGAUUUGGGGAUCCUCUGAAAAUUUGAGGCUAGGUGAGGUUAGAAUACCUUUCCUUAUGUCUCCUGACCAGAAGUUGUACAACAAUGGUUUAUGCUGGGGUCAAGGGGCAGGAUAGAAGAACCUAACAGCCACUAUUUGCCUUGGAUUCUAUGGCUUGUUUUGGAAAGACAUUCUGAGUAUAGUGGAGGAGAAGAGAAAUGCCCUCACACUUGAGGAUCAUGGUGGGUAUGUACGGAGCUCUAGAAAGUGGAUGUAGACUCUUCUACUUCUGAGCAGUUCCCCUGGAAAGAACCAUGAGAGUAUGAACAUUUGUGUUUAUUUGUGUGUAUAUGUGCUCUGUGUGUGUGUGUUUGUGUGUGUGCCUGUGUGCACAUAUGUGUGAGUUCCUAUAUUUUUUUUCCUUUCUCCCUAUUAAGGAGUUUAUGCAAAAUUUGUCCCAGAUUUUAACUUUUUUUGUUUUAACUUUCCUUGUCUUUUUGUUUGCUCUUCAAAGAGUCCUAAGAAGUUCAUUCUUCCAGGUAUUUCCCACCAAGUAUUGCAGCCAAAGAGUAUUUAAAUUAAGUCUUUGCUGCACUUAAAUCUAUGCCCAGCCAAAAUGCAACUCUGGGGGAAUACAUAAUUUUCUCUUGAUAGGGUUGGUCUCUUACUGAACACAUUUAGUGAUCAAGCUGGAUUACUCCUGCUUUAUUGGUGCUCUCACUUUAUCUGGAAGGUCUGCAGAUAUUACCAAAAUAGGCUGGCUAGAUGAACACUUUCAGAAAUCCCAGGCUUGGCCAUAAGGAUAAUGCUGCAUUUUUGUGAAUCACAUAUGAUAUAUGUUUUGGAGAAGUUAUUUCUGCAUGGAAACUCAAUUUCUUGGAUUAUCGGUCCCAGUGAAAGUCUCACUGAUGGAUUGAUUAUAAACCAAAUAUAAAGCCCUCUUGCAAAGUAGCCUCUUCUGUCUUUAAAAUAUCCCAUGUAGCAAAAAAUAUAUCUAGGACUUUCUAAAGUCUAUAGUUCUUCACUCCCUCUCCAAUCUUGAGAUUGAGUUUUGCUUUGGAGCACAAAUGUAGUCUGUGUUAGGUGGGGCCUGGACUCCCAUCCCAACAGGGUCACUUUGUAAUUAUAGCCAUAUAACUAUGGAUACA